AUGUUUCGAGCUCGCCGAUACCGAGUUCUGGUCGUAUUCGCGGCGGCUGUCGUCUUCACAUUCUUCCACUUUGCGCGGUCACGCGAUUGGAGCUAUACAGUUGUUGAAGAGUCCAUUGGCGUUCAUUCACCCGAUGCCCAGCCGAAUCAACCCGCGACACCAAAACCUGAAAAUCCGGCCGCUGCUGCCGCCAUCGAGGAGAGUAGAAAUCGUGUUCUUCCGAAUCCCUACCGCGGCACCACCUCCCCACCCCCAGAGAAGAUAACCUCGCCCGUGGGUCCCAAUAGCGGCUCAAAGGAUGGCACUAGCCGGUUCAAAGAUGCUUCCUCCGACACUCCGCCGGUGAAACCGACCGCCGAGGAUGACCCGAAAGACUCCGCGAGAGAACCCGUGAAGAAACCGGUGAAGGUGGAGAACACCGGCAGCUUGUCACCACCUACAACGGAUAAUAUCAAGAGUGCAAACGAGGAGGAGAUUGACCAUGGAGGGGCCGGCAGAAGGACGGCGGAGCGCCCUCAACCUGGCAUUCCAACGGCCAAGUGGAAGAAGUUCCCAGAACGGUUCCCCGUCCCUGCAGAGGAGGUGAUCAAGCUGCCAAAGGAACAGUCCAAAACAAUCCCCAAGCUGCAGGCGAAGUUCAAGGAUGAGUCUAGCUCCGACAAGCAAGAGCGCCUGCAACGGCUUAGCGCCAUCAAAGCCGAGUUCACGCAUGCCUGGAAAGGUUAUAAGGAGAUCGCGAUGGGACAUGACGAAGUCAAGCCUCUGUCAAAGGAGUUUGAAGACCCAUUCAAUGGUUGGGGGGCGACACUGGUCGAUUCAAUUGAUACUCUCUGGAUUAUGCAAUUGAAGGAUGAAUUCUCCGAGGCUCUGGACGUGAUCAAAAACAUUGAUUUCAAAACAUCACUGAGAGCAGAUAUUCCGAUGUUUGAGACAACCAUCCGCUAUCUUGGAGGUCUUUUGGGUGCCUAUGAUAUUUCUGGCCAACGAUACCCGAUACUUUUGGAGAAAGCAGAGGAACUUGCUGAGGUUCUCAUUGGCGCCUUUGACACACCUAACCGCAUGCCACACCUUUACUAUCGCUGGGCCCCAGAGUAUGCCGCGAAACCGCAUCGUGCUUCUUCCCGAGCUGGCCUGGCUGAAAUCGGGUCGCUUUCCUUGGAAUUUACCCGUCUGGCUCAAUUGACCAAGCGGGACAAAUACUACGAUGCAAUUGCACGGAUUACCAACGAACUGGAGAAAAUCCAAGAUUCAACUAGCAUCCCUGGACUGUGGCCUCUACGGGUCAAUGCACAGGGAUGUCCCAAGUACUCCAAGAACACGUCUCCACGCAAUAAUAGCCCUACACGCGAGCAGCAUGCCGCUAGUACGACCACGAGCACUACUUCGGUGACCCAUAAAACUUACGCUGCACCAACAGACCUUGAGAGUUAUCUGAAGCUGCUCCCACGAGACACAAACGCUGGGCUCGAAGGACAUGUCCGACCGGGCAAUGAUACGAGAGCCACAGGCGAACCUGACAUUCAGGCACGCGAACAAAAUACACUAUCUGCAGAUCAAUGCAAUGGCGGCUUGGGACUUCCUAAUUCACCCCACGAUAACGCUUACACCAUGGGAGGAAUGGCUGACUCGACGUACGAAUAUCUGCCCAAGGAAUACCUGCUACUAGGUGGUCUGAACGAGCAAUACCUGAAUAUGUACAAAAAGGCAGCUAAUGCAGCCCGCAAGUCUCUUCUCUUCCAGCCUAUGGUUAAAGGUGGACGUGAUAUCCGGUUCAUGGCCUCAACUUCUUCAGUGACACUUGGAAAGACCGCAGAGAUCACUCCCACCGAUCUUGAAUACGAAGGCACUCACCUAACAUGUUUCGUCGGCGGCAUGUUCGCCAUAGGAGCCAAAGCCUUUGGCAUCGAUGGUGAUCUGGAACUCGCGGCCAAACUGACCGACGGUUGUGUUUGGGCUUACGAGUCGACACAAACCGGAGUGAUGCCUGAGCGUUUCCGCCUCUUGCCAUGCGAGAAAGGCUCGGCCUGCGAGUGGGAUCAAGCCCGCUUUGAGGCUGGCGUGGCCUCGCGCGUAGACCCCGGGGCAGGACAUUCAUUCCGCAAUGGAGAGAGCAGCUACAAACAGCGCGUGGAUUUGAUUUCGCACGAUCCACCGCCAGGAUCUGCGAGCGGGUCGGUCCCCAUCCCCAUGCCGGGCUCAUUAAAUCCCCACGAUAGCGACGUGGCCAAGCGCGAUGGACUAGGAAACCACGCGGAAGCGUCGUCUGCUGCCUCAAGCCCGACUCCUAUUCCCAAUGGAGCUGACCUGCAGAAUCGAGAUGCACCUCGUUCAUCUUCGUCGCCCGCUUCGCCUCACGUCGCCGAAGUCGGCAAAGACCACCUCCCAUCAGGCAUGACCAGUAUCCCGUCGCCGAAUUACUAUCUUCGGCCCGAGGCAAUUGAGUCAGUCUUUAUCAUGUACCGUCUGACUGGCGACGAAUCCUGGCGUCGCAAGGGAUGGCAGAUGUUCGAGGCCAUCUCGAAGUAUACCCGAACGGAGCUGGCCAACGCGGCCAUCCACGAUGUCACAGCCCAGAAACCGAUCCAUAAGGAUACAAUGGAGUCUUUCUGGCUAGCUGAGACGUUGAAGUACUUCUACCUUUUGUUCAGCGACCCUACUGUCGUGGACUUGGAUAAAUAUGUUCUGAAUACCGAAGCGCAUCCAUUCCUGCGCCCGAUUGCAUAA